GAGCAAUCUGGGGGAUCCACAGGUAUUCCCAAGCCAGUUGAGGGAUAUAAUCCUUCCAGGGUGUCCUGGGUCUAAUGCUCAGGGAAAUGUGCCGAGAGUCGCUCCCUGGGAAACUGAUGAAGUGGUAUCCUUAUAAUAUGACCAAACCACAUCAGCUGGCUCCUCUCAAUAUGAGGGAGCAGGAGCUGCUUUUCAAAAUCAAAUGACAAUUCCCACCCCUGCCUUCUCACCUGAGUGUCCAAAACACACGCCCUGAAAUCAGAUGGCACAGGUGCAAAGCUAAUCAUUGACCAUUGGUAUAAGGUCUCUGAUACCAAGUGCAUUUAUGGGUAUCUUUAUGGCCGGGUGUUUAUUACGUAUGAUCAAUGCGCACAAGUUCAAUAAGCUUUCACCGCUUGGGUUUAGAUCCAAGAUACAGUUCUUCUACAUUAUUCCAUGUACUUACACCCCUCCAGACAGCCACAUCUCUCCCAACGUGUGCACUGGUGUCACCGAAUACGAUCACACAAGCCCAGUAUCACAUUCUCUUUUCUAAGAACCAUUUCUUUGUUCAUAUAUAACGAGUUUAUGACAAAAAUUUUGCGAUACUUAACGAGUUUAAAGACAACAAGGAGAGUUAACCUGUUUUGCACCAAACGUAUUUGCGACGUAAUAUGAGUGUUCGUACAUCGUAAACAACAUUAUGCAUUCAUUGGCGUUGCCACGGAAGCUAGUUAGACUGAGAGCCUUAUUUUUAGGAAUCGUCUGUGAUCCAUGCAGGCCCAAAUGGACAAUUUCCUAGAGACCGCUAGCGAACUUUUCACACCCAACACCCACUGCCGUUCAGCUUGGAAAGGGGCGAUCUCACAGUCAACCAUCUAAAUGUUAUAAAAAGCAGAGAAAAGUGGGCAUUGCCACGGCUGCGCAUUUUCAAAUGGAUUUUAUAUCUCCCUAGGCUGCAAGUGAAAGUUGACAUUGUAUCUGAAUCCAAUACAAAUCACCGAAUACAACACUUUGCAAUUGCGGAGGACUGUACAAGUAUACAUUUGGGCAUUUACAAAGGUCCUAUGGAUCAGAGCUGUAGUAGUAGUGGCUCUGGCACCUCCGCUGGCUCGGUGGUGGAGGUGAGCUUCCCCAGUGUGAGGACGGCUGUGUUGGACAGCCUGAACCGGCAGCGCGAGGAGGGCCGGCUGUGUGACCUGUCCAUCCAGGUGCAGGGCCAGGUCUUCCGGGCCCAUCGCUGCGUGAUGGCUGCAUCAUCGCCUUACUUUCACGACCAGGUGCUGCUGAAAAACGUGACGACCGUCUCCCUCCCCUCAGUCAUGGACCCCCUGGUCUUUGAGAGCGUCCUGAGCUCCGCCUACACGGGCCACCUGAGCAUUGUGCGCGACGACAUCGUCAACUACGUCACCGUGGCCAGCUUCCUGCAGAUGUGGCACAUCGUGGACAAGUGCACAGAAAUCCUGAAGAGGCCCCGGGCACUAGGGGGCGCUCAGAGUCACGGCGGCAACACUCAUAAUGCCCCAUCCAGGCAGCAGUCCCCCAGCAGCACUGACUGCCUCUACACUGAGAGGGAGCGUGAGAGGGAGAGGCAGCGGGGUGUGGAGGCCAAGGAGAGAGAGACUAGGGACCGGGGGCAGGUUGGUCCUGCCACACUUGAGAAGAGGCCACCUUGUCCAGACCAAGGCUCUCUGCCACCCUUGGCAAGCUGGAGGCAUCCUCAGCAGUUCUCCAGGUGGAACCGUCCUCGGCCGGCAGCUCAGACGCUGCCUCCACAGUCAUCUGCUGACUCUCAGCUUGACCCCAACCCAAGUGUGGAGAGUGACUACUCCAGCUGCGAAGAGCUCUGGAUGUCGGCGAACAGCAAAGCCAGCCCUCGGGGCUACGACGGCGGCAACGCUUACCGAGCCGCUUUUGACAAUGUUAACGGCAGACCCGGCCCUCACGGUGUGCUCGGCUACAUCAGCGAAGCCGGCAGGCUGAGGCCGAGGGCCCGACCCAAGGGGACGCAGCAGAGCUGCUCCGUGGAGGAUUUCCAGAAAUUCGGGGUAAGAGGGGUGGAGAGACGUGGUGUGGAUGGUGCACAGAGCUUUGGGGAGGCAGAUGGAGAUCUUCAAGGGAAGAAGAAUGGGGAGAGAGGAACAGAACCAGAUGAAGGGAUGGGAGAAGUUGUGGGGGAGGAAGAGGAGGAGGAGAUGGAUGGAGCAGAGAGAACAGGACAGUCUGCAGAGUACCCCACAAGUGUGUACCAGGGAGAAGGAGAGCAGCUGGACAAAGGAGACAAUCCUGAGGCUGCGUCCAAGGAUGGGGGGGAGCUUGAGAAAGAGUCUGACGUCAGCUCCCUUCGCGGUGUGGAAAGCAACGGUGCAGGACCUGGUCCUCCUGCUCGCAUGCAGUGGCAGGCAAGUCCCUGGUUGCAGCAGGGAAGCAGGCCAAUGGAGAGGGAGGAGGAUUAUAGAAGAGAGGAGGAAGAAGAUGAGGAAGAAGAGGAAGAGGUUGAUUUUGGGCGCUUUGCAGAUGAAGGCAGCGUGCCCUUUGGUGGGGACACUUAUGAUGAAAUUGAAGAUGGCACCGGACAGGUUUCCCAGAGGCCAUUAGUGCCUGCAUCCCCUUCUGAUGACAAUGAAUAUCACUUGGGGCCUCCGGAGUUAGGUUGGCCGCCUCUGAACAUCGCCACCCAGGGCCAAGGAGGUGCAACUGCUCCUGGGAAUAGCCGCCACAUCCCUCCUUCCUCUGCUCCGUUUCCCCCUUCCUCUUCUCCUCCCAUCCCAUCCUCCUCCUCCUCCUCCUCUUCCCUUUCCAUUGCAGGCACCUCCUACUCAGGCAAGGUGCAUUUCUGUCACUGCGGCAAGGCCUACACGUUGAAGAGCAUGCGCGACCGGCACGUCAAGAUGCAGCACCUGAACCUGCGUCCUUUCGCCUGCCCCGUGUGCGCCAAGACCUUCAAGAUGAAGCACCACCUCACCAAGCACCUCAAAACUCACGGUGGCCUGAGGCCCUAUGAAUGUGGACUCUGUGGAAAGAAGGUGAUCUGGAGGGACAGCUUCCUACGUCACCAGGCGCGCUGCGAGAGGCUAGCCGCGGCCGGCAUGCCCCCCAGCUAUGACGGCGGUGCCGGCGUUAGCAACUUAAAUGCGGCUGACAUUGACGAAGGCUACAGCUACAAUUUCGACGAAGGGGAGGGCUUCUUGUCAGAGGGCGGCCAGGUGAAGGUGGAGGAGUCCGAUUUUCAGGGGGAGGCGGGGACUGCGAUUGGCGGUUUGCUGGGGGGCGUGUCCUCGGAUGGGGCGGAGUUGGCGGCUCAGUCUAGGACGUUAAUGAGUGGCCAGGAAUUAAAAGAGGAAGAAUCAGAGAGGUACAGCUGAUUAAAAAUCGGAGGAGAGAUUCUGGUGUCUAAGAAAAUAUACAAAGUUCUCCAUUUGAGUUUCUGAUUUAACCCUUACAGUUAUAAAAUGCUUGUACCAGGAGGUGAUCUGCAUAGCAUAAAUUGAAACAUGAUGCCCCUUAUGCAGCUGGAUCAUUCUCCUGAAGCUAUUCGGGUCGGAUUCUGUAUUCGUGGCUCCAGCCAUGAGACCCCUUGUGAGAUUUGAGCCUGUGAGGUUUUGGUGACUCGCCCAGUGCCUCAACCACUAAGUGAACAUCCCUCAGUGCCUCUUCUAAUUGGAGUCUGUCCACAUUAGGAACAAUUUCGGGGUAGUAAAUAUGAGUUUGUUAAAUGUCAGAAUGUUGAACUGUCAGUCUGUUUUUACCUUAUUGUGCAUGGGUUCUUUGUAUUAAUUGAAUUUGUUGAAUAAUUGCGAAACCACGGUUUAUGUGUAUGUUUGAUUUAACGUUAUUUUAUGCUGGAAUGUUAUAUCAUUUUAUUGUGAAGCCAUUUUUCUAUGAAGCCAGAAGUGAAGGGUGUAAAUAUGGCUUGAGACAUGGCUUGACAUAUUCAAACAUGUUCUGACUUGAUUAGGUUUUUGCCCAGUACAUUCAUACUGGGAUUUUUGGGCAAGGGCCAGGAAUACUGCACAUUUUAUGGUGUUAUUUGUGUGGUUGUACCCAUUGAGUGAUUUUUCCCUGUAUCACUGGACUGGUGUCAUUGCCCUGUGCCUCUUCGGCUUCCUGAUAGAGUAGAUUUUUUUGUUUGUUUGUUUCUGUGGCUUUGAACACACAGACAUUUCUGGUGUUGAGGGCAUUAAUACUAUAAAGUCACUGGAGAGUCUAUCAAACAGCAGCUCACUGACGGUUUACAUUUAACUAAUAAAAUUUGAUAACAUUUUCCAAGGUUUUAUUGUGAUUUAAUUGGUUGCUUUGCUUAUGAUUUGGAUUUUGUUUUAAAUUGUGGAGUCAUGUAAGAAAUAUUUGCUAGUUACCAAAGAUGUGAAAAACCAAAAAAAAAAAGUAUCCAUUUUUUAUACCUGGUAUCUGAUUGUACAUUUAUUCUUACUACAAAAUGUAUUGCUGUUGAUAAGAUCCCAGUGUUUAGAUGUGAAUUUGCAGAUACACGUUGUAUCAGGUGAUGAAGUCAGAAACACUCCAUGUAAAACAAGUGGCAGUUUGAACAAUUGGUCUGUCAUCAGAUAUCUGUGUAUGAUGCUGUUAAGACGUCAGAAGUAAUUUGGAAUAUGGAAGCAAACCUCUCAAAAGUCAUCAAACGUUAAGCUUUUUGCACGCAUAAUGCCGUUUGAUAAUCGCUGUCAGAUUAUUCUUUUUCAAGCCAAGCACUGACAAAUUGCAUUUUUUACUUGGUUUUUUAAGUGCGUGGUUGUGUGUGUUGCUAGGUGCAAUUGCUGAUACAAUAUUCAAAUGAUAUUUGUAGUCACAGAACACUUGUCAAGUAAAAAUGCCUAAUUUGCUUUGAGAAUUAUACUAUUUAACAAUGUGUAUAUAUACAGUAGACCAUACUGUGUAAUUGUGUAAGGUUUCAUUGAGUGUUUUUUUUUUUAAGUUCCUUUAGUAAAUUCUCCUUUUUGGAACUUUAUGAAAAUUUGUAUCUUUUUAAAUUGAAUGAGCUCUGCUAUAUCACAAAUGAAUAUAUAAUCUAUCUCUUUUGUGAAUUAAGGUACCACAUCUCCUCAUAUUUAGCAUGGGCAACUUUUUUAUUAUGACGUGUAAAAUAUACAAAUAUUUUUUUUCAUAUUUUAGCAGGAUAUUCCAAUUUCUUAUGGCACUCUGUUAUACUUGCAUUUCUUUACUUUGUACAAACAUUAAACAGUUUAAAAUGUUACAUGUAUAAUAAUAUUCUAUUCCUGUUAAAGUGAACUUUAUUAAAACAACAGGUUUGGCCAUGACUUUCUAAUAUAAAUGUCUCUAGAAGCAGUAACAGAACUCUGCUGGGUUGCGUCAUUGUCCCUUCUGCGGGGACACGGAUGUUUUUUGUGACAGUACUUGUGCUCAGGUAACCACCAUUCCUUGUACUGCGUCUGAACACACCUGGGAACUUGGCUUCGCUUGGAAUUUCUGAAUUUCUUCAGAAUUUGCCUGUGUGAACUGACCGUCUAUUAGAACACUAUACAAGUGUUUUCAUGCAACUACCAAUGGCUUUGAUUCCACUUUAAGGUUGAGUCUUAUGUCAACUGUAGGUUUUAUAAGAAGGUUUACAUAUAGACUUUUAUGUUGAUCUAAAUUUACAUUGUUGUAGUUGUAGUAAUAGUUGGCAUUUGUAAGAUAUAAAAAUUAAGUAUAUUUAAUAUAUGCUGUGCAGAUGUGUAUAUACUGAUCUGUGAUGUGUUUUUUCUUUUCUUUUUUUUGGAAAUGCAAUAAACCUUUUUAUUUCCCAGAA